AUGAUGCAAAAAUUUCCUGGCGCGAACCUUAUCACGCAGCUCUUAAAACAAAUCACGCAACCAUUGUCAAGGUUUAUAGUAAACCACGUGAAGAAUCGGCCGCUCUUAAGAAAAUAUGUCCUGAUUCAACUGGGACGUUUUUAUUAUUGGUGCGAAGACAAAUUAGCACAGCAAAGAAUUCCAGCUAUAGCAAAAAAAAAGCGUGUUGAUGACAUUCGCACAAUGGAGCUAGGAACGACAUUAUUAAUGGAGAUAUUAGUCUUUGGUCUUUUGUGGAGCGUACUCAUAUACGAAACACGUAAAGCUGUAGAGAGAUCGCGCAUCGCUGAACAGCUAAGAAUUCAAGACUUCAACGACUUAGAAGCAGAAAAGGAUCGGCUGAUGCGGCGAGUCAAAGAUCAAGUGAUCUUGACGAAACAGCUCAAAGAUAUCAUCGUGGAGUAUUCGAGACAAGUCGGGUGUACGUUACUUCGUGAUCCGGAAAAGGGCGAAUAAAAUACUCCGUCUGAUUUGAAGAAGAAGUAGUAGAAAAAUCUCAAUCAUAAAAAAAAAUAUUGAAGAAUAUAUAUCCACACAUGGGCAUGUUAAAGUAUCGCAUUUUCGUAUAACGACGAGUCUCGCAAUCGGAAAGAAUUAUCCUCCAUCACCCGGUAUAAUCCCCUUUUCCGAAUAAAUUGACCGCGUUACGUUCUCGGUGAACCACAAAUUGACGAGCGGUCCGCGCUCAUCUCAUGAGAAACGCAGACUCCGCCAACAUGCGACGGUUCAAACUUUGCACGGAUAUUCUUCCGUUACCGCCUGUCUAUCACAUUCUGGUUAACAUUAGCAUUCGUUUGCAUAACGAACGUUAUUUCCGCGCCCGUCCCGCUGCAUCUGACUCGCUGCGACGGAUUUCACAGCUUGAGAGCGAAAUCCAGGCUUUCAGCGUAAAAAUCGACAACGAAGGAAAAAAUGUCAUUAAAAGACAGGUGGUAUGGAAAGUGCACAAAUCACGUUGAUUCGACAAGCGAAAAGUAGAUUAUCAUUCAAAAAAUACACUUAAUUCCUUCGUGCUCGUAUCAUAAUAAUAGUGGAAAAUUUAUGUUCGAAUAAUUGAGGUUCUGUGAUAUAACAUGAAGAGAACACACAUUGCUGAAUAAAAAUUAAAUAAUAAAAAGAUAAUCAUGUGUAAGAUUAAAUCUUCAAAAACAAAUCAUUGGAAAACAAAUCAAUUAUAAAUUUAUUGAGAAAUCUAAUUAAAAGCAAGAUCUAUUACUUUCUACAAACAAAUAAAGUCGUAAAUAGUUUGUAGCAUGAAAUAGCAAAAGCAUAAAAUAACCGAUGACGAUUCGCAAAAAGGAAUGUUUCCGACAAAAUAUUUUUCGAUUAAGAGUGCUCUGCACGCUGGGGAAAUGGAACAUUUCCUCGAUUUCCUCUCCCAACAAGAUCCAGUUCUUGAUCGAAACAAGAAAGUCUUUGGCGUUCGGUCUCAGAAUAUCAACAUAUAAUAUAAUACGAAGAUUUAUUUCGCUCUUUCGUACAAGCAAGCCUUAUACACGCUCGUGGUGUUUACGCUUGAAAAAAAACAUCAUCCCCUUUAAUUUUCUGAGCAUUAUCUAAAUAUUUACAUCUUUAUAUUUAGUUCUAGAUAUUUGCAUCAGUCAUUGUAAAUAAAUAUGGGAAAUUGUUAUAAAAGAUAUGUGCAUAGUUUUUUUCUUUGAACAAAAUAAAAAAAUUAUUCAUAUUUGUAUAUAUUUAUAUAAGUACACCGACAAAUUAAAACAAAAUUAUUCCUCUCUUUAAUCCUCAUUACUAAAAUUAUCUCAGAAAUGUUCGCAAUUUAAAACGAGGAAAUAUCUGUGCUAACUUUCUUCUUCGAAUUAUGUUGAAUUAUUUCGACAUUCGAAUUAUUUAUAUUAUUUAUUUUGAAUUAUU